GGGCUGCGUCAAUCAAGAGUCUUUCUUCACACUCCUUUCCACGCGGAUCGAUGAUCUCCAUGCUAGCUAACUGCUGCUGCUCUCGUCAUUGUCCACGGCCCGACGUCGUCUCAUUCAUCCACGUAGCCCAGCUGCCAACCUCGUCGCAAUCUCCCGCCGCGUGCGCGCCGCCUCACUCCGCUUCCUCCUGAGUGAGCUCAGCCCCGCCGCCCGCAUACGAAGCCCACUACCAACCCGCAUCACCCCCGAGACCAGCCGGGCCCGCCGCAGCAAGCAGCAGCCCUCACUCCCGUCACGCCCACAACAACAACCUUACCUCUCCCAUUCACGCGCCCACACCAAGCAAGCAACGCAAGCACAAGCACACACGAGCGCCGUCAUCGCCGCCCGUCCCUCCUGCCUGCCUGCCCCGCGAACAACCACCCCCGCGUAAACGCAGACCUCAACCCAACCCAACCCACCGUCCGACCAACAACAACAGCAAGCAGCAGCCAUGGCCGACGAGGGCGCCUCCCCUCGCGAGCUCCUCAUGGAGGCUUGCCGCCGCAACAACACGUCGCUGCUGGAAGAAGUGCUGGGCGAGCUGGCCGCGGCCGGCGGCGACAAGGCCACCGAGCACGUCGCCAAGACGCUGAACGAGGCGCGCGACGGCAUUGGCAAUGGUGUGCUGCAUGUGGCCGCGACCAACGGCAGCUACGAGGUCCUAGACGUUCUGCUCGACCAAGAAGGGCUCGAGAUUGACGAGGCCGACCGCAUGGAGAAGGACACGCCGCUGCACAAGGCCGUGCGCUACGUCAACAGCCUGGCCAAGGACGAGUGGGUCGACGCCGGCCACCCCAUCGUCGACAUCCUCAUCGACGCCGGCUGCGACCCGCGGAUACGCAACAAGGCCAAGCUGCGGCCCGUCGACCUCGCCGACCCCCGCAACACCGAGCUCCGCCAGAUGCUGCAGAAGGCUGAGUUUGCUAUGAUGGCUGGCAAUGAUGUCGUGGACGAGGAUGAUGAGGAUGAUGGGCCCACGGGCAGUGCGAGCGACAGCGAAUAGAUGCGUAGGAGGUUGCUUGGGGGCGGCUGUUUUUGCACGUUGUAGAUGGCUGGUGGCGUCUUUGCGCAGAGAUGGUGCUUGGGCUAGGCAGUCAUUGAGCAUUGAGCAUUGAGCAUGAUAGAGAGAUUGCCUUGGGCUCGGGUGUUUAUGGCACAUUUUGGCAUGAAGAAAAAGACCGGCGAAUCAAGAAGAGAGUUGAUUGC